AUGCCCCCGCCCCGCCUACGCCUUACACGCCCGCGCAGGUUUCUCCGCCUGUCCGACCGCAAGCGCGCGCUGGUGAGCCGGCUGGCGCAGAUGGCGCUGGUGGCGCGCGCAUGCGGCGCGCAGGGGGGCGAGGUGGAGCUCGUGCGGACGAGGGAGGGGAAGCCGCAUUACCAGGGAUCCUCAGUCAAGGGGGAGAGAAGUGGACGAAACAGCAGCAGUGAGAAAAGCAGCCGCAACAACAGCAGCGUGCGGUUCAACGUGUCUCACCACGGGGAUUUCGUUGUCCUUGCCUCCGAGCCCUCGGGCAUCGUUGGCGUCGACGUGGCGGCGCACGAUUGGCCGGAUUCGGCAGCCGCUGCUGCUGACAUGGCGGCGGCUGCUGCUGUGGAUCAAUUCAAAGAUCAAUGCUUGCAGCAGUUGAAGCAGGGUGGGGAUGGUGGCAGGAGUGGGAACGGUGCCAGGAGUGGGGACAGUGGGAGGAGUGGGGAUGGGAAUAGAAAUGGAAGCAGGGGUAGGGAUGGCAGGGAUGGCAGCAGGAGCAGUGGGGACGGAGAGUAUGGCAAGGAAUGGGAGGAUGUGGGGGCGGUGGAGGUGGUGAUGGUGGGUCGAGAGGUGGAGGGAGAAGCGGUGGGGGAGAGGGAGAGGGUAGUGAUAGAGGACAGUGGGGAGGAAGAUGCUGGGAGAGAGCAAAGAGAGAAAGGACUAGAGCACCUUCAGUAUGAGCAGCAGCAGCAGCAGCAGCAGCAGCAGCAGCAGCAGCAGCAGCAGCAGCAGCAGCAGCAGCAGCAGCAGCAGAAGCACGACCACUAUCAGCAGCACCACCACCAUCGGCACCAAUCCCAGCAGCAGCAGCAGCAGCAGCAGCAGCAGCAGCAGCAGCAGCAGCAGCAGCAGCAGCAGAAGCAGCAAAUACGGCGAUCCUCAGCAGUUGUUCAAGCCCGAGCCUGGCGGUUCUUUGUACACAGGCUGCCACAUGACCACUGGGUGGCUGUAGCUCGAGGUCCUUUAACAGAUGCCACACCAAGCUACCAACAACUCGUUGAGGGGGAGACGGAUAAAUAUGACGUUUCAAUUGGUUGUUCCGAGCCUGCAUUUGAGCUACUCUCUGUGGAGGAUGUGAUUUCAAUGUUGGGUUCUAAACAGGCUGCUCUUAGCAGCCUGGAGUCUCCCAGUUUCAGCUCUUGCGAGUCGCUUUUGAGAAUUCUUGAAAAAAAGACAGAAGAUAAAAACAAAAGUCGCCAGAAUGGGGUUGAGAGGAUCAUGGCGACGUCGAAGGUCCUUGCGGUGCUGAUUCUCGUUCUCCUCGCCACUUCUUGCGCCUUCGCUGCUCCGGGUAACGGCAAGGGGAAAGGCGGAAACGGAAAAGGGGGAGGCGGCAAAGGGAACGGUGGCGGAAAAGGCAGCGGGAAGGGCGGAAACGGUGGCGGAAUUCUGGGCGCGCUGAGUGGCGGAAACUCCACUGGCGGAUGGGGCGCGGGCGGCAUAUUCUCCGGGCUCUCCGCGCUCUUUGGAAACGGCUCCGCGCGGAGCGACCUGGGGGGCAUCUUUGGGCGCAAGGGCGGGAGUGGGCAGGGCAAGGGGAACGCCGGAGGCAAGGGGAAGGGUAAGGGGAACGGCAAGGGGAACAGUGCGGGAGUGGCGACAGCUGGCAGCGCGAGUGAGGCAGUGGUGGGGGUGAUGGGGGUAGGCAACGGCAAGGGGCAAGGCAACGGGCAGGGGCAGGGGAAUGGUCAAGGCAAUGGGAAGGGGAAGGGGAAGGGGAAGGGCGCUGGGUGGGGGAAGCGCGGGAAGAGCGCGGGAGGCGUGUUGGCGAAGCUGAGGGGCAGCAGUGUGGCGGGCGAUGCGCUGACAGCCCCUGGCGAUGCCAACGCCACCGGCGUCCUCGAAAUCACCCUCCUGCAGAACGGCACGGACUACUACGUGGGCUUCACGGCGCGCAUCUCCCUCUCCAAUCCCACCGCGCCCACAGCACUCACCCUCAACAGCGGCAGCGCCGCCACCACCGGCCCGGCUCUGCUCGACUUCUCCACAGCCACGGGUGCUGACGGCACGACCCCCCCUGCCUGGACCAGCAGCAGCAGCGAUGCUGCCGCGUCCGCCCCUGGCAGAAGCAACACCCCCAUGGGGCGUGCGUGGGGCCGCCUGCAGCGCGCAGUGGGGCUGGGGCGCUCUGCUCGCACAGCAGGGCUGAACACGUUCACUCUCACGGGCGUGUGGCGGGCUGUUGGCACUGUGGCUGCUGCUGACGGCGUGCAGACGGUGAGGGAUGUGGUGCUGGGUGUUGUGGCGCAGCCCAGCGCGUUCUAUGCUGUGGUGGCCUCUCCGGGGUUUGAGGCGGGCGCUGCUAGGGGGCAGUUUCAGAAGGCACCCAAAGGAUGGGCGUUCGGGCUCUGGAACUGA